AUGGCAGAAACGAAACUGGCCUCUGGCCGUGUUCCGACGGUACAAGAUCAAGGUAACCAGGGCUUUUUUCAUCCAGGCAACCGGCGAUGCACAAGAAGCCCAACAACUUUGGCUCGAAACUGUACCCUCUUGGUCCACACGAAGCUGGCAGCAAUCUCAGUCGGUCUGGCCGAAGAUGGUAGGGAAUUGGCUAAAUUUCCCGUUGUCGCCAUAGCGACCGAGAAAUUGGGGUCCUCUUAUGGGCAGAUUGACGAA